AUGUCGAACCCCAAGAAACGGGGGGCCGAGUCUGCGCCUCCGCCCAAGAAGAACAAGAAGAGAAAGACAAAGAGCAGCCGAGACGACGAAGCUCUCGACACCGACCUCGGAAUCAACACCCUUGUGGCCCGCAUGGACAACCAGCUGCUGGCCGAUCACUUGGCGCAAAAGACGACUCGUUUCGGGGGCGAUCUGAGCUCCGUCGAGCUGUCCGACCUGACCGUGCCAGCGAGCUGUAUACGGGACACGUCAUCCUGGCAGGGGAACAGGACCCUCGAGCACCUCCCCUCCUUCUUGGAGGCCUUUGCGCAAGAUGCCGAAAGCCUGAAGAAGGCGCCUAAAAAGAAUGGCUCGCCUCACACGCUCAUCGUCGCUGGGGCUGGGCUGAGGGCAGCCGACAUCGUCAGGGCGGUUCGCAAGUUCUCCAGCAAGGACAACGCAGUCGCCAAGUUGUUUGCCAAGCACAUCAAGGUCGACGAGCAAGUCGCCUUCCUCACGAGCAGGAAGACGGGCAUCGGCGUCGGCACGCCGGCGCGCCUGAUGGAGCUGAUGGACAAUGGCGCGCUCUCCCUGGACAAGCUGCAGCGUCUUGUCGUGGAUGCCUCGCACAUCGACCAGAAGAAGCGAGGCGUCUUGGAUAUGAAGGACACCAUGAUGCCUCUUGCCCGCUUCUUGACGAGGGAGGAGCUCAAGAGCAGAUACGGCGACGAGAAGAAGCCGCUGGCCCUGCUGUUUUACUAG